AUGUCUGGACUCAUCGACAAGAUCAAGAGUGGUAGCCACAAGGCCAUUGCCACUGGCGCCUCCAUCUCUUCUACCGUUGCUCUCAAGGAGAAGAACCCUGAGCAGGGAACUGUUGUCAUCAGCCAGCUCACUGGAAAGAACAUCAUUGUUGGUGUUCCUGGCGCCUUCACCCCUCCCUGCUCCUCCCAAGUCCCCGGCUACAUUGAGAACGCACAAGCAUUCGUAGAAAAGGGUGUCGCCGGUAUCUACAUAGUUGCCGUGAACGACGCCUUCACGACUCAAGCAUGGAAGGAAAAGCUCACCGGCGGUGCUGAAGCGCCCCCAGCCGUCCACUUUCUUGCUGACGAUACUGGUGCCUUCACCAAGGAAAUCGGUAUGAGCUUCGAUGCCACGGGUCUGCUCGGAGGACCACGCUCCCAGCGCUAUGUUGCUGUGCUCGACGGCCCAAUCGUCAAGCAAAUCUACGUUGAGGACGCAGCUCCCAGCGUCACCGUCACCAAGGCCGAGAACGUUCUCCAAGCCUUGAACUAG